GCCUCUCAUGGAGCUCACUCUCCCGACAUGGAAGCCAACAUUGUAGUUUUGGGCACAGAGAGCGUCGGAAAAUCAGCUCUGACUGUGCGCCUGCUGACCAGGAGAUUCAUUGGAGAGUAUGGAGAUAUUGAAUCCAUCUACAGCCACAGUUUCAUUCUGGAUGGGAGAGAGGUCACACUGAAUAUCUGGGAUGCUCCUUAUUCUGAGGACUUCUCCGCCGAGACGCCGCUCUUUGAGAAGAAGGUCCGGUGGGCGGACGGCUACGUCCUGAUCUACAGCAUCUGCGACCGGGCCAGCUUCAACAGCGUCAGCAGGCUCGUCCACACCAUCAAGUCCACCAAAGACUGCCCCGGCGCCGACAAGACGCCCAUCGUGAUCGUGGGAAACAAGCGGGACCUGCACCACCGGCGGACGGUGCUGAGCGAGGAGGGCCGCCUGCUGGCCCUCAACGCCGACUGCCACUUCUACGAGGUGUCGGCGGCCGAGAACUACCACAGCGUGCUCAUGGUGUUUCACGGCCUGGUGGACAGGAUGAAGGACGCCAAGCCGACAGCCAAGAGGCCCCUGAGGUUCAAGGGCAUCGUGAAAAGCAUGUCUGCCGUGUUCGCCAGGAGACGGACGGACUCGUUUUAGAGAGACGGAAGGGCGACAGGACUUGUCAGUGAAUUAGAGGUCAUAGAGUGUGUUUGAGUGGACGGAUAUUACAGCCUGUCGCCAACAUGUUACCAGAUGUGUCGCAUCACUGUACCAACAAUAAAAGAUCCCCGGGGACGAGACGCGACGGAGAUGGGAGCUGCUUCUGAAAAAGGCUCCCGAGUGGAAAAAACGUCACGAGGAUUCAGAGAACAUGGCCACACAACAGUGUCAGAGAGGCUCAUCGCGUUUCCUUCUCUUCACAUCUAAAAUCACAUCGAUUUCUCGAAGAGACACUCGACAUUCUCUAUUUUGUACUGUGUAGCAAACCUGCAUCGUGUCCAUGUUUCUGCCAUAGAAAGGGGUUCAGAUUGGAAACAGUUCUAUGCACAACAUGCAUGUGCCUUUUAUUUCUGAAGCAUUUGCCAAAGAAAACGAGCAAAAAGCUCCUCAAACCACGUAUAAAGCUCCCUAGAAAAAGGGAUUGGAAAGUGAACUUCAGUCCAGUUCUUGAAAGUAUAAAUGUAUAUUUGUAUAAAUUUAUAUUUAUUCAAGUGGAGAUUUUGUAAAUAAGAAAGGAAACUUUUUUUAUAUUUAUGAAUUCCGACA